AUGGCGAGAAGUCCAAUCACAGCUUCGAAAGAAGGCGAAGCCACAUCAGCCGCUGAGGAAACACUGCACUUUGAUGAUGACAAUUUAAGAGGUGAGGAACAACAUGCUAUUUUUCAGUUGUGUCCAGAUGUGAGGGUCAUAGUAUUGAGUUUAAGCCAUUUUAUUCAAUAUUCGUAAAGGAUAUGCUUACGAUGUCUUUUAAUUUCAUCUCAGCAGUUGCAGAAGUUAAAGACGGAAGCAUAAAAGCACAGAAAAUAGACCAUUUUCAUUUUUCUUUUUUUUUUUUAAUUCAUACCUGGCUCCGAUUGACUACUCCGGGUUUUGAGUUACAGCGGCGAAGCCGCGAGGAGCGAGGGCGGAAGCCCGAGCGAAGAAAAAAAAAGAGUCCUCUCUCCAUCCCAAUCUCUUCUCCUUUUUACCAUUAAUUUACGUAAUUUCACUAUUUCGCCCACCGCACGUGGGGAAGAAGGACGAUCGCUCGCGGUCUACUGUGGAGAGCGCAAUUAACCAUUCAUAUAGAAAUUUCGCUAUGUAAGUGACAAUUAUUAUUCUUAUUCUUAUUCUUAUUCUUAUUCUUAUUAUUCUUAUUAUUAUUAUUAUUAUUAUUGUCAUUAUUAUCAUUAUUAUUAUUGUAGCAAUCGCUGAGGUCUACAAAAAUGAGGGCAACGAUGAGUACAAGAAGAACAAUUUUAACAACGCCAUUCAAUUCUACACGGAAGGAAUUAAAGUGAACUGUAAAGAUGAAGAACUGAACGCCAUGCUGUACAGCAACAGGGCGGCGGCACGUUUUAAUUUGGGUGAGAAGUUGCUGUUAGUUGUCUUAAAAAUCUUUAAUUUCUUUUUGACUAUCGGACUGUUUGGGGGGGCGGGGAGAGUUAUAACUGCUAUAAAUAUUAGGAGUGAUUAUGUGAGUACUGUGGUGACUGAAUGGUUCUGUAGUCUUUUUGCAUGCAUUCUUUCACAGGUAAUUACACUGAAACACUGGAUGAUGCAAAAAUUGCCGUGGGCUUACGACCAUAUUUCUUAAAAGCUUUUGCUCGAGGUAAGUUAGCUAUAGCCCCGUCGUCAAAACUAAUAUAUCCGACCGAUCAAGUACUAUGCCAACUACCUGCUAUAAAACUGAAACAGGUACCUCUGAAUCAGUCCUGAAUUGUCGCAUACAACUUCUAUUUCCUAGCUUAAAAACAGAACUUCAGAACUUUUCAUGUUGCCUUUUAACCGUGGGGCUUGAUCAUUUUAAUUCAAUUUGAAGAGAGAAAGUUCAUCAUUUAACACAAAAGGCGAUUGAUUUUUAUGAGAAGUCUGUUAUGUGUUCACAUGUACAGGGUGGUAAAAAAAACAAUGUGUAAAGACGUGGAAGGAUGGAAAUUAUUGUCUUCAACUGAUUGUUUAAGUAGAAUCUUCCUGACCAAAAAUACCUGGAUCCUCCCCUGAAAUUUCUUUCCAAGUUAAUAAGGCAUCGAAAAGGUUGUGGUUAGCGAAACGGACUGUAACAACUUUGUCAAAUAUACACGUACUCCGUUGCACGUAGGUAAACUCUCCUCCAACGUACCAGUCAACCUAUAGAAGAGCCACUCUACUUCUCUCAGUUGUUAACGAUGUCCUCAUUUCCCUCGCUUGGCAACAAACGUGAUGAUCUCCCUGCACUGUUUUAAUGUUCAGCUGCAGCUGUAUUAACUAUGAUUCUUUGACUCUCUGAUCGGUCUGGUGUACAGUACGUUAAGUCAGCUUAUAUCUCUUCUCUAUCACAAGCUUCCACUAAAGCUGCUGCCGUUGUUUGUAUCAUGGUAGCAUGGGAUAUCAUAAUGUCAUGAUUGUAAAACUACGCAGUCAUCGCUACACAAAAAAUGCGCAGUAGAUGGAAUGUUGGCUGUUUAUUUGAAUGGAUCCUAACUGUUUCAUGUACAUGAUUUUUUUCGCGUAGUUUCCCCUUGCCUUUCAUCGCCCACACAAAUUUUCGAAUAGCCCUUCCCUUGAUACACCAACAACAUAACCGUAUUCAGCGUUAAAUGUAUCAAAUGUGUUGGAGCUAAGCUGUGCUUUGUAUACUUACAGGUGCAAGUGCCUGUGUUAAGUUGAAAAAGUUUGACGAAGCCAUCACGUGGUGUGAUAAAGGAUUAGUAGUAUCCUUUUCUAAAGUUCAAGGAAUAAUUUUCAUUUGGACUCAAUUUUUCUAACCAAGAGUUCUCUUUGAAUCCUGAACGAGGUCGCCGUCACCCGGUUAAGAGAAAACACCGUGCGGCGCCUAGCGCCUAGCGCUUGCGCCCUAGGAUUCGAAGAGAACGCUCGAUUACUAAGACUUAACAAAACUGAAUCAAAACAAAGGCUUUGGUACAAGAAACUGUAUAUGGGAGAAUUAACCAAAAAACAAAAGACUACCUCGAUGUGCGGAUGCAACUUAUUGACACAAAAAUGUCCCAAAUUUUCAGCCCAGUUUGGACGGGAUCACGCAUCACAAUACCAGUUUCAAGAAACAGUUACAGUUUCUCAUCAACAAUGACCAGUAAUCAAAGUAUCUUUCAUGUGUGAGGUCACGAGCAAGUACCGUAUAUGAAUUGGCUGCCUACCAGUACAGAUUUCCUCUUUUUGUAUUAUAACUAUCCUUUUCCCUCAGACACCCUCAGGCAAGAAAAUGCACCCCUUCUCAAAUUAGCAAACUUAAAUUUUGACAGUCGGGACACAUCAUGAUUAUUAUAAAGUUAUUUGCAAUCAGAGACUCUAUUCGGGUUAUAUCACCAACAAAACGUCGCGCGAUUAGGAUUCAAGUUGGGUAGCUUUGCAAUUUGUGUAUUUAUAUGAUAGUUAACGGAACUAUUUAACUAAUUAAAGAUUGACCCGAAUAACCAGAAGUUGUUGAAAAUUCGGAGCAAACUGCAAGAAAGCCACCAAGAAAAGGUAAGGACUAAAAAAAUUACAUUUAUGCUUCGUUGUAGGCGGUGUCCACUGCCUUGGAUACCCAGCAAUCAGUUUCGGCCAGUGAAACAAAAACUUGGAAAGGCAUCUCUGCACACGUAGCUGGGUUAACUACUCAAGGAACGUAUAGGCUUCAUCCUCAUAUUUACGUUAACAAACACAGACAUUUUCAAUCAUUUUUGGACUUGUUAGCUGGUCAGCUUUAUUUUCUAAUUGCAAAUCGACAACUGAAUCAAAUUGCUUUGAGUGUGCAUUUCUAGAUCUAUGAAGUAAGUGAUUGUAUUUUUUAUGUUCUGUACAUUAGAAUUUCAAUACGUUUUAAAGAAAGAUAGCCAGUUCUCUCGAUUUUAAUUUUUUAUUACGUGGUAAACAUUAAAAUUAAAAACAGAAAAAAACCUGAAGAUAUUCAGUCAGAAAAAAAACUGCUGGAUGGGCAUGAAAAUUGAGAUAAUCGUCGGAAGAGCCAACGAGAAGCCUCCUGUUGAUUCCCCUAAAUCGAAAAAGUCCCCCCUUUUAAGGUUCCUGACCGCCUAGUACUACAAUUGUAGGUAUACUAGGUGCAAGGAAUUUUCUAUCUUUGCCCUCCCUAGACUAGAGUCAUCACGUACCGUUUGCAGUCAUCCGUUAUCUUAAUUAUACUACUACAUGGGGAAUGUUUGCAAUUUGAUUGGCUUAGAGCAGUGGUAUUUGAGCUUAAUUUGAGAUACCUACAUGGGAAAAUUACAAACCUUUUGUAGGUAGUAGUAUAAACAAAUAAUAGCAUGAUUUGUACGUGAUAUUUGGCAUAAAUACCACUACACUACAAAUCAUGCUAUUACCUAUACUAAUAUAGAGAUUAAGAUUCACGUUUGCGUCAAAUGGCAAACUUGAAUUUGUACCACGUGACCGAGAUUUACCCUUGAUUUUCGUUUCCUGUUUAUUACUUCUACACAAAAAAAGUAGUUUCACGCCAGUUUUAUACAUAAGAAUUGUUCUGGACAGUUUUAAUCUGCUUAUUUUCUAUUCUGAGAAAUUCUCAUCUUUUAUCUGACGUUUGCCGUUAACGUGACUCUUAAUCUGUCUAAUACCUCCUUUUCCACUGCAUAUUCCAGCUAUUUACCGUAAAAAGAUGUAAUAGACGUCCAAGGAGGGGGAAAAUGGUUUAAUAUAAAGAUAGGGGGUGUUAUUCUUCUUAAUUUGAAAAGCACAAGAAAACUAACAUAAUUUUAGCGAAAAUAUCAAAUCAAAUUGCAGAAUAUCCAGUCCAUCUUUUAAUACCUCUAGGGAAGAGGUCCAUAUCGCCCUCAGUCACCCUGUAGACGCCGGAUGCCAUAUAUUGAAAUGCGACUGCUAUAAGUACGUGCUCCAAACUUUCUAUCACCGUUUUUUUCGCAUCUCUAUGCCCUCUACUUUUGACUGUUCCCUCACAACCAAAAAUGUUUACUAUAAUCGGUAGCUUCAUUACAUUUCUCAACUUUUUUGCAAACGGACCAAUAAAAUUCAAGGUUCCACUCUGCAACCAUUGAAAACUUUGAAACCAUUUGAACUUACCUGACCUCUCAGGAAACAGCCCUCAAAUUUAUGAAUGUUAUUGGUCCGUUUCCAAAAAAACCUGAGAAUCUUUUGUUUUCAAAAAACGUUGUGAUUGUGGUUGGAUAAUCUUCUUCAAAGUGUCCCGGUUCGAGAAGUCCCAUUGUAAUUGCCAUAAUUAGGAUGCUAAAAUGGAACAACAAAUUUUGGUAGCACGUAUUUGUGCAUAAAGUACCUCUGAAUACAGUGGAAUCCCGAUUUUUCGAACCAUCUUAGAAAAAGCAGAUAUUUGCUUCCAAUUAUAACUUAAUUACAAUGUGUGAUUGGCUCGUCAUGCCUAGAAUUAUGUCGAGGGUUCGAGAAAUCGUGACUCUGCUCAACUUUGGGCUUAUUGUCCUGAGAUUUUUAUCUUGCCUAUCAAGUUUCCAGGUUUCUCUCGAUCUUACCAUGGGGAAGAUCAAGAAUCAUGGGAAACAAAAACUGUCCAUCUUUUUCAUUCUUUGAUCUAGGAAAAAAAAAUCGUCAAAUGAUGUUACGAGUACUGGACAAAUCAAAUCUGAGUCUCCAAAGGGAUGCAGUUUCAUGGCCUCAAGUAAAAGUUUUUUACCCUGAAAUUCAUUGCGUUCCAGUAAAACGCAAACGUCCUCGGCCCAAUCCAAUCGUCAGUUAAUCUGACAAUGCCAAGAAUCGAUAGGAAUAAUGCGCUGCAUGUCUUCGAUUAAACUUGGCACAAGCUGAGGCCAAUGAAAACACGUACAUUAUGUGGAAAAUUUAUUGAUAAUGCCUUUCAGUUUCUAAGUUUUUGUAGAAUUGCUUCUUUCACCAAAGAACUUGAACACUACUUACCCUUGUAACAUUUUACACCACUUUUAGCUGAAACUGAAAGACAAUAAGAAGGUAGAUUCCUGCAUAAAAGGUGUCUCACAUCAUAGUGGGGCGGUUAAGCAAUUGCAAUGUAACAUUGACGUGUACUUUCCUUGCAUUGUACGUAAUUUAUUUCACAGAAAAUUGACACGAAGGGGACAUACACAGCUGGAAUUGACAACUUUGAUGAGAGAUCGAUAGAGGGAAAGGAGUAUGGCACUGUUGGUCUUGCCCAUCGAUAUAUGGGAGGUUUUGAUACAGCAAUAGGCAACCUUGAACGUCUUCUAAAAAUUGCCAAAAAAGUAGGAGACAGAUUGGGAAAGAGAGUGGCGUAUGUCAGUCUUGGCAAGGCCCAUUUCGAUCUGGGAGAUUUUAAAUCAGCAAUAGACUACUUUAAACGUAAUCUGAAAAUUGCGAAAGAACUGGGUGACAGAUCGGGAGAAGGAAGUGCGUAUGGCAUUCUUGGCAGUGUCCAUCUCAAUCUGCGAGAUUUUAAAUCAACAAUAGACUACUAUAAACGUUAUCUGAAAAUUGCGAAAGAAUUGGGAGACAGAUCGCGAGAAGGAAAGGCGUAUCGCAUUCUAGGCAACGUCCAUGAGAGUCUGUGCGAUUUUAAAACAGCCAUAGACUACCAUAACCGUUAUCUGAAAAUUGCGAAAGAACUGGGUGACAGAUCGCGAGAAGGAAAGGCGUAUCGCAUUCUUGGCAACGCCCAUGAGAGACUAUGCGAUUUUAAAACAGCCAUAGACUACCAUAACCGUCAUCUAGAAAUUGCGAAAAAACUGAAUGACAGAUUUGAAGAAGGAGCUGCGUAUUGCAAUCUUGGCAACGCUUAUGACAGUCUGAGAGAUUAUAAAACAGCCAUUAACUAUCAUGAACGUCAUCUGAACAUUGCAAGAGAAUUGGGUGACAAAUCGGAAGAAGGAACAGCGUAUGGCCAUCUUGGAAUUGCCCAAUUUGGUCUAGGACGUUUUAAAAAAGCCAUAGAUUUCUCUGAGCGUCAUCUGAAAAUUGCGAAAAAAAUUGGUGACAGGUCUGGAGAAGGAAACGCGUAUUGCAAUCUCGGCAACGCCCAUAAUAGGCUGGGAAAUUUUAAAACGGCCAUACAUUACCAAGAACUUCAACUAGAAAUUACGAAAGAACAGGGUGACAGAUCGGCUGAAGGAAGGGCGUAUAACAAUCUUGGUGUCACCCAUCGAAGUCUGGGAGAUUUUAAAAAAUCCAUUGACUACCAUAAACGUUGUCUGCUAAUUACGGAAGAAACGUUUGACAAAUCGGGAAAAGGAUAUGCGUAUGCCAAUCUUGGCAACGCUCAUUUCAGUCUGGGAGAUUUUAAAACAGCCUUAGACUACCAUAAACGUUAUUUGAAAAUUGCUCAACAAUUGGGUGACAUAUGGGGAGAAGGAAGUGCGUAUUGCUGCCUUGGAACUGCGUAUGACGGUCUGGGAGAUUUUAAAACAGCCAUAGAUUGCCAUGAACGACAUCUGAAAAUUGCUAGAGAACUGGGUGACAUAUAUGGAGAAGGACUGGCGUAUGGUAAUCUUGGCUGCGCCCAUAGCAGACUGGGGGAAUUAAAAACAGGCAUAGAUUACCAUGAAAUUCAACUGAAAUUUGCGAAAGACUUGGGUGACAGAUCAAGAGAAGGAGAGGCGUAUUGCAAUCUUGGCAACGACCAUGGUAAUCUGGGAGAUUUUGAAACAGCAUUGGUCUAUAGUGAGCGUCAUCUUAAAAUCGCGAAAGAAUUGGGUAACAGAUCGGGAGAAGGAACUGCGAAUGCCAAUCUUGGCGUCUACCAUUUAACUCUCGGAAAACUUAAAACAGCCAUCAGCCACCAUGAACGUCACCUUAAGAUUGCGCAAGAAUUGGGUGACAGAUCAGGCGAAGGAAAAGCGUUUUGCAGUCUUGGAACCGCCCAUACGACUCUUGAAGACUUUCCAAAAGCGUUAUUUUACAAUGAACGUGGGCUGAAAAUUGCAAAAGAAUUGGGUGACCGAUCAGAAGAGGGAAGGGCGUAUCUCAAUCUUGGCAACGCCCACAACAUGAUGGGAGAAUUUACAACAGCUAUAGAGUAUUAUAAACGUUCCCUGGAAGUUUCGAAGGAAUUGGAUGACUCAAGGGGAAAAGCAACAUCGUGCUCGCUUCUUGGUGUGUGUUUUAAAUCCCUAGGCCAAGUUUCAGAGGCUAUUAGGUAUUUUAAGCUCAGUGUUACUUUUUUCAAUAAGAUGAGAGAUAGUCUUCAAAUAAGAGACGAGUGGAAAAUAAGCUUUCGUGAUCAAUACCAGGUAACAUACGUUACCCUUUGGCGCUUAAUCCUAGCAGAAGGCAAAGUUACAGAGGCUUUGUUUUCUGCCGAGCAAGGACGUGCACAAGCCCUAAAAGAUCUUAUUGAAUUAAAUUAUGUCUUUGAAAGGAUCAGUAAUGUUGUAUCAGGUACAGACAACGGAACAGUCGAUGAACUGCUUAGUUACCUUCCUCCAAGCACAAUUUUUACCGCCUUUGGAGAGAACGAAUUAAUCUUCUGGGUGUGCCAGAGAGGAGAGAAAGUUGAAUUAAGAAAGAUACAAAUUUAUUCGCGGGAUGAAGUCAGUAGUUUCUUACAGGUUCUUUUGAGUGUUGCCCAGCAGGAAAUUGGUACAAGAAAUCUUUUGAAGUGUGAAGAUCGAUCACUUGAAUUGGCGAGUGAUAAACGUUUGCUAGCUAAGAGACCACUUCAGGAUGAAAGGCAGGCUCAACACUUAGACCUUACAAAAGAUGCCUUGAGUACAUUGUAUGACAUCAUCAUGAGCCUAUUCAAGAUCUACUUUUGGACAGCGAACUCAUCUUUAUCCCUGAGGGUCCACUUUGCUUGGCCCCUUUUGCUGCAUUCAAGGGCCCAGAUUCCAAGUACCUUUGCGAAUCAUUCAAAAUUCGCGUAG